AGUGCUUAUAUACUGUGUGUUAUUUCUUAUAUUCAUGACUGUCUCUUUCCUAUAUUACUUAAGUCAAGAAAUUAGUUUUGUUUCAAGUCCCUUUGCAUUAUACAUAUAUAUAAAGAUGUCUGGAUUAGGUUCAAUUAAAUUGGAAGCUUUAGAUGAUUAUUCACCAAAUCCAGGUGCACAUCUGGAACCUUCGACAAUGUUGGACCAUGAUACUAGCUCUAUAAUGUCACACUUUGAAGCAGCUGAUGAAUUAGGUAUGAUCAAUCCAUUAGAUAAUGGAUCACAAAUGUUACAUAGUCCCUUAUCGCCUACCAUGAACUUCUUAUUAAAUGAAAGUGAACAAAAUUAUGAAGAAGAGGAUAUCUUGAUGCAACAUAUGGAUAUUCGAGAACCCUUGUCUACUCUAAAGCAGCUACUAGAGCAAAGGCUUGGUGUUGAAUUGGAAGAUUACGAAUUUUGGUUACAAGACGCCCAAAUGUUGGAGUCCCAUAAAAAUUUAGUUGACCAAUGUGUUCAAGGCAAGGGGCCAGUUCAAAUCAAUGUUCAAAUAAGGACCGUAAACAAACGAAUAAACAUAGUUGAUGUGUUAAAACCUCAUGAAGGAUAUUUAGAAUCUGCAGAUUCUGCAGAGAUGGAUGCUGAUGAGAGUAACAUCGAUGUUGAUAAUGUUGAUCAAGUACACUACAGUGAAUUAGCAGAAAAUGAGAUACAUGGAGAGUUUGAUGAAACCAAUUUAGAUUUGGAUAAUGAUUCAAAUAAUGGAAAAGUAAUUAAAUGGGUAGUUGAUGAAGAUUUCAAAAAGGAACAAGUAAAACAAAAUAUGUCAGAUGAUCCCACUGAAUGGACAGUAUAUGAUGUAAGGAAAUGGUUAAUAUGGGCAAUAAAACAGUUUAAUUUGGCUGAUAUUAAAAUAAAAGAUUGGAAUAUAACAGGUCAACAAUUAUGUGAUAUGACACACAAACAGUUCCAAACAUUAGUUCCUAAUGAUCCAAAGAAUGUGUUUUGGACACACUUAGAAUUAUUAAGAAAAUGUAAAUUUGUAGCUGUUUUACAAAAGGACGAACAAGAAAAAGAAGCACCUCGAGCUAUAAUACGGAAACCACAUAAGGUUAUUCAAAAACAAUUUCCAUUACUAGGAGGGCUGAUGAAUGCUGCUAAAAAAUCAAAUCUUCCUAUGGAUGCUUAUAGGCCUGGCAAUAAUGGCCAAAUUCAACUAUGGCAAUUUUUAUUAGAAAUUCUGACAGACAAAGAAUACAGAACCUCUAUUCAAUGGAUUGGAACUGAAGGAGAGUUUAAGUUAAAUAAUCCUGAAUAUGUUGCUCAAUUGUGGGGUUUGAGAAAAAAUAAGCCAACAAUGAAUUAUGAAAAAUUAUCAAGAGCAUUAAGAUAUUAUUAUGAUGGAGAUAUGAUAUCUAAAGUACACGGCAAACGAUUUGUGUAUAAAUUUGUUUGUGAUUUGAAACAAGUGAUAGGAUAUAAUGCCGGAGAACUUGCCAAAUUAGUUUACGAAUCUGCUAUGAGCAGUUCUUCAGGAUUCUCAUGGAGUACAUUAGAUCAGUCUUUAAUGUUUCCUGAAACGAAUCCAUAAUGAACAUGGAUGAAUGUUAUACUGAAGUUUUAAUUUAUACAAAUACCAAUUUGAAAUAAUUAUGAUUUUCAAAAUAUUAUUUUGGUCUUGUG